AUGCCUACCUCGCUACACCCUCAAGCGAAAUUCGACCCUAUCCCACCGGAUUUGGAUCUCCAUGAGCUAGUUGACCAUACCGCGAACUUAAAAUGGGUGCAACGAGUCUCCAGAAAUCAGAUUCGUGCGCUUGGUCAGCAAGAAUUCGAAAAGCUGAUUUUGAUGCACGUCAUUCUUGGAGGAAAGCCUUUGGUCAUUGAUGGCUGGGACGCAAUCCUGCCCAAACAAAUAUUCAGCAUAGACUGGUUUGAGAAAACCUACGAUAAGAAACAGGAAAAUGUCAGAGACCUAGGAAAUGGAAGCGAUAUGCCCAUGACAACCGGCCAUUAUAUCCGAUCGAUGCGACAACUGACUGAGCAAUGGUCACCGACAAACUUCCGAGACGAGCGACGUCAGCGACUUUACUUGAAAGACAUCGAUUGCCCCGUCGAAUGGCGAGAUGCUCUGGAAAAGGUCAUUAACCCGCACCUCUGGUAUCUCAACCAAAAUGUCUGCAGCAACACCAAGCCUCGCGCUGAAGAUGAUGAUAUCUUCGGCGCCGAAUCCACUGCUGCUCCAUCCGGUGACCUUAUGUCAAACCUGCCGACUGAAAUGCGCGCCGAGAAUCUAAUGUGUUACGUCGGGCAUGAAGGCACAUAUACACCCGCCCACAGAGAAAUGUGUGCAUCCCUUGGUCAAAACAUCAUGGUGGAAGCUUCAGAAUCCAACGGUACCGACCAGGAGGGUAGCUCUAUAUGGUUCAUGACCGAGAUGAAAGAUCGCGAUGUAGUGCGCGAGUACUUUCUUUCCAUGCUUGGCCAUGAUAUCGAAAUCGAAAAACAUUUUGCCCAGAUCAAUGCCUGGAAAAAGGCUCCUUUUGACGUUUAUGUUGUCGAGCAAAAGGUUGGCGACUUUAUUUUAGUUCCUCCUUUGGCUGCACAUCAAGUGUGGAAUCGAGGAACUAGGACCAUGAAAGUCGCAUGGAAUCGCACUACGGUCGAAACACUUGAUCUUGCACUCCAUGAAGCUCUUCCCAAGACACGACUAGUAUGCAGAGAUGAGCAGUACAAGAACAAGGCCAUGAUAUAUUAUACCUUGUCCCAGUACUACAAACAGCUUCAGCAGCUCGAAGAGAAUGCCGAGCUUACGCAGAUGAGCUUCAAAGGCUUUGGGCAAGACAUCGUCAAAAACUCCCCACGAGCGAAGCAGCUAGCAAGCGAUUUCAAAAAGUUAUUGGAGCUAUUUACGGAGAUACUAGUCGAUGAGAUGUUCGCUAGUAAGGAGAAAGAUGUGGAAUUCAUAGAGUUCGACUCCUGUGUUACCUGCUCCUAUUGCCGAUCCAAUAUCUUCAACCGCUUCCUCACUUGCAAACACUGCGUUCGGCCUUUGUUGAAUGGUGACGAAGAUGCCUACGACGUAUGCAUGGAAUGCUAUGCCAUGGGGCGUUCUUGCGCUUGCCUGUCGGGACUGAAGUGGUGUGAGCAAUGGAGCUGGGCCGAAUUAGUACACAACCACGAAAUUUGGAGUGCCAUGGUUAUCAAGAAUGAUGGCUUCGUGGAUAUUCAUAGUUCGCCACAACCAUUGGAGAUCGCAAGGCAACGGUCAGCCCGGAAGUCGGUGGCACAAAUCUGCCAAGAGGCUCUUCGCAGACGGCCAUUCAAGGACAUCACAAAGCUAGAGGAGGAAAAGCCCCCGAGCGAUUCUGAGCCAGAUGCUGCGCAAGAGGCGCCGACAAAGAAGAAGUACAAACGAAAGCAAAAGAAGGGCGAAUUGCGGAAAUGCCACGUCUGCUGCCACAAAGACUACAGCUAUCGAGUCCAUCAGUGCACGAAUCCGCAAUGCGGGGAGGGAUAUUGUUACGGCGUUCUUUACCGAGCAUUCGAUAUGAUGCCUCAGCGAGUUCUGGAGGACGAACAGUGGCAAUGUCCCAAAUGUCAAGGCAUCUGCAACUGCGGAGCUUGUCGUCGGUCAGGGAACACCAAUGCAUAUACACCAAAGAACACGCUGCUUGGUCACGACACACGCCCGAUCGCAGACGAUCGCAGCAUCGAGGCUUUAGUCGACUUCCGCAUUCACAACCUAUCCUGGUUAAAGGCAACGGGCGAUGAUGGCCGUAGUAAUGAUACUAAGCGGAUGCAAAGGUUGCGCGCGCAAGCCAAUAAUGCCAAGGCUCAAGACCUGGCAGAACAGGAAGAGCCCAGGCAAGAAGAGGAGGAACAGGCUGGCUUUCCCCAGCCCGAUCAUUCAGUUAUCAACGGCUAUGGAGACCAAAGUCACAUACUCGAUACACCACAGAGAGCGCCAGCCGACCUCAAUCAUCAUGGGGCUGAACAACUUCAUGAUCAACCUACCGAUGUUGACAUGUUGGACACCUUACAUCCUCCUGAGAUGGAGGAUAUGGACGACUCCCUUUAUCCUGAUCCAUCGGCAAUUGCUCAUCAAAGAAUUGGCAUGGGCUACUACGAACAAGACGAUACACCCGACAAGAUUUUGUUUGACCCCUACCAGGCACCAGAUGCCGAAAUUCUCGAGAAAGAGAAUCGCGAGAUCCCAGAAUUCGUCAAAAAGUCUAUACGCGCUGCAAAAAGAAGGGCCAAGCGCGACAACGAGGACCCGGAUUAUGUUGUAGGGAAAAACCACCACAAGAAACCACGGGCCACAACAUGGCAAGAACCGCAAAUUGAUAUCCUGGAUAAUAUGGACCCAGCCCUUUUCCAAGCCAGUACUUCAGUUCCAGAGGCUGUCAUGAGUGUGGAAGAAAUCGGUAACCCUCCAGAAAAGGACGCUGAGGAGGCAAUGCCAAUACCAAUGCCAGAUGACCCAGCAACCCAAGCUUGCCAGAAAGGUCGCCCUGCGCCCCGGUUUGAUGCAAACGAACCAAAGCUGCGACACGCCAAGCCUCGACAAUCGUACUUCGAGCCUGAAGAGGGUGAGGUGGACGAAAUCGAAGAAGAGCAUAAUGAACCUACUGCUUCGACCAAGAAGAAGACCCCCCCUGUCAGUGAGGUUGAUCUUGCUGCCGCUGCCGUUCACAAGCUCUUCAAUCCCAACCCCAAUCUCAAUAAGGAUGGCUCCACUCCUAAGAGACGCGGCCGGCCGCCUAGGAAGAAAACCAUCAACGAGCCCAGGCAAAACUCCCCCGAAGAGCUAGAGGGGAAUGACAGCCAUGUCACAGAACCAAAUGACGAUAAUGCCCAAAUGAACGAAAAUGGGAUUGAACAGGAGCCUCAAGAGCAACCAGAGUUGCCCAAUCGACGUAGGAGGCGUGGCCGUCCCAGACGAUCAGGUGUUACUACGAUUAUGGCUAGUAACGUUACUGAUAGCGAUGAAGAAAUAGGGCGUCGAACUAGGUCAAGGCGACAGGAGCCCCGAGAUAGCAGCCCACCAGCCGAUACCAGUGCAAUUGGUAAGGAAUACCUGUCCAUGGCUGAGCGCCGGAAGCUACAAGGCAAAUCUUUUAAGAUGAAGAGCCGGAAGUCCAAAGGCACGACCGAUCUAGCUCAGGACAUGGCAGAUGAGACUGCGUCUCCUGCAGAAAAGUCAGUACAAGAAGAUAUGCCAGCCAAGAGCAGCACUAGAUCACCGAAGCCUUCUAGGGCCCCUUCAUCUUUGGUCUCCCAUGGUCCCACAGUCGUCAGGCUUGGAGAUCACGACGAUGCGUUCGUGAGCGGCUCUGCCGUUUCGGACUCUAGCAACCCUUCUUCCAGUGAUGACGACGAAGACAUACCUGCGACCCGACGUGUUACAACACGUGGAAGAGGGCGCGGGAAACGAGGAUACAGAGGCGGGCGUGGAAGAGGGAGGGCGUACUGA